AUGGUCGUUGGUGAUGGUUCUGAUGGUGCCGUCGUGCCGCAACGUGCUGUGAAUUCCACAGCUCCUGGUAACGAUCAGGAAUCAUGGAUUGCAGUGAAUUCCAUGGUCGUGGGAUGGCUCCGAACAUCUAUCACACCUCGUGUUAGAUCUACGGUGUCGUUCAUUACGGAUGCUCACAAUUUGUGGGAAAAUCUGAAGGAACGUUUUUGCGUGGGAAACAAGGUUCGUGUUCAUCAUCUUCGAACACAGAUUGCUUCGUGCCGACAAGACGGACAGCCUGUAAUUGAUUAUUACGGCAAGCUUCAAUCGAUGUGGGAUGAACUUUACUUGUACAAGCCUCUUCCAGCAUGUACGUGUUCUGCAGUUCAUCAAUAUGCAAAGGAUCGGGAAGAAGAAAAAGUUAACAAAUUUGUGAUGGGACUUGAUGAGUCUCGGUUUGGGAAUGUGAUUCAAGCUAUUGUUGAUGCGGAUCCAUCGCCUGAUUUGGCACAAGCAUACGCACGCGUGAUCCGCGAAGAACAGAGACUUCUCAAUGCCAAGGCACGAGAAACUCAGACUGAUGCAGUUGGAUUUGCUACUCGGCGUGAUUCGUCGAUGGAGAUGGUGCAGCAACAGCUCACGGCCUGGAAUCCACAAAACAAGAACAAGGAACGCAGCAAUCUUCUUUGUUCUCAUUGUGGAAAAACAGGACAUGAGAAAGCCUUUUGCUGGCAGAUAAUCGGUUUUCCGGAGUGGGUUACCGAACGAGCUGGACGUGGUGGUGGUGGAAGAGGAGCAAGCAGAGGUGGUCGUGGUUCUGUUUCGCUUGGACGUGGUCGAGGUCAAGCGAAUGUGGCACACGCUACGUCGAGUAAUGCCUCUGUUUUUCCAGAAUUCACAGCAGAACAAUGGAAGGCAAUUAGCCUGAUGGCACAAACACAAUCUGGUGGAGGAAAUCCCGACAAGCUGUCUGGUAAGAGAUUUGGUGAUGUUAUUAUCGACAUAGGUGCCUCUCAUCACAUGACAGGAAAUUUAUCCUUGUUAUGUGAAGUCACAAUCACGCCACCUUGGUCUAUUGGCUUUGCUGAUGGCAGUAAAACGAUGUCGAUGUGUAUGGGUGUAUUUCCAAUCACUGACGUGAUAUCACUUCAGAAUGUGCUUUAUGUCCCAGAUUUGAAUUGCACUCUGAUUUCGGACCGUUCCUCGAGGACCCUGAUUGGAGCCGGUGAAGAACGGGAUGGUGUGUAUUAUCUGACGGAUGUGACAACAGUUCGAGCUAACAAAGUGGACGCGGUUUCUGAUCAAGCUUUGUGGCAUCGGCGUUUGGGACAUCCUGCUUUCUCAGUGUUUUCGGCUUUACCUUUUUCUGAUAUUUCGCGUUCUGAUGCUAGUCCGAGUCCUUGUGAUGUGUGUUUUCGGGCUAAGCAAACAAGAGAAGUUUUUCCUGAAAGUUUGAAUAAAACAAUGGAAUGUUUUGAAUUGAUCCAUGUUGAUGUUUGGGGUCCAUAUCGAGUUCCUUCUAGCUGUGGUGCUUCUUAUUUUUUGACUAUUGUUGAUGAUUUCUCUCGAUCUGUAUGGAUUCAUCUAUUACUUGCAAAGUCUGAAGUACGGCAAUUUUUGCAAAAAUUUUGUGCUUAUUCGGAGAAACAGUUUGGAAAAACUGUCAAGACCAUUCGUAGUGACAACGGUACUGAGUUUACCUGCUUAUCUUCGUUCUUUAAAGAACAUGGGAUUAUGCAUCAAACGUCAUGUGUAGCUACACCGCAACAGAAUGGACGUGUCGAAAGAAAGCAUCGACAUAUUUUAAACGUGGCUCGAUCUUUACUGUUUCAAGCAAGUUUACCUGUUAAAUUCUGGGGUGAGGCAGUGUUAACAGCAGCACAUGUUAUCAAUCGAACUCCUACUUCGAUUCAUAAGGGUCGUUCCCCUUAUGAACUUUUGUUUGGCUCAAAACCCAGCUACGAUCAGUUAAAAGUCUUUGGUUCCUCAUGUUACACACAUGUUCGCUCUCGAGACAAAGACAAGUUUGGAGAGCGCAGUAGACAUUGCAUCUUUGUGGGUUAUCCAUUUGGCAAGAAAGAGUGGCGAGUUUAUGAUCUUGAAACAGAGGAGUUUGUUGUGUCCCGUGAUGUGGUGUUUCAGGAAGAUGUGUUUCCAUUUCGUGAUACGCAACGUGACGUAGAGGGAAGAGUUUCUAGUUCACCUACAUUUGUAGAUGAUGAUUGGAAUAUAGUCACUAACUUGGAAGAUACUACCGUGGAAGACAGGGGGAGUAACUUAGAAGACAGGGGGAGUAGUGAAACAUCGAUUGUUUCUCCACCGACAUCAGAUUCCUUAGCUAUUGUACGUGUGUCACACAACGAGACAUUUGUCUCAGAACCUGCAACACCUGUGUCACACACGAUACAACCUGUGUCACACACUACACCGUCUGUAUCUCCAGCUGCUCCUGAAACAUCGAUUAUUUCCCUUGACUCUGUCUCUCCAACUCCACAAGACCCUAUUUCCACGGAUGAGAGUGUGGAUCCUCCUUUGGGUCGGGGACAACGUCCAAAAGCACCUCCAAAGAGUCUUGCUGAUUACUUGGUUUACAAUGUGAGUUGCAUCGAUAAUACACAUCCCGUUCUCUCCGACUCUGAGUUUGUGUCUCCGAAAAUGGUCCCAGGUAACACACCAUAUCUUCUUGAAAAUUUUAUCUCUGACGCUUUGUUCUCUCCUGGUCAUCAAGCUUUUCUUGCUGCGAUCAUAGCCGGCAAAGUACCUAAGAAUUACCGAGAAGCAUUGCUAGAUAAAAUAUGGUGCGAUGCAAUGGUGAAGGAGGUGGAUGCUUGUGAACUCACUAAGACUUGGAGUAUUAUUGAUUUACCACCUGGCAAGGUUGCUCUUGGAAACAGUUGGGUGUAUACACUCAAAUACAAUGCUGAUGGCACUCUUGAACGUCACAAAGCUAGGUUGGUUGUUCUUGGAAAUCACCAGGUAGAGGGAGAAGAUUUUACUGAGACAUUUGCUCCUGUGGCUAAGAUGACUACACUGCGUAGCUUGCUGAAAAUUAUUGCUGCAAACAAUUGGGAAGUUCAUCAGAUGGAUGUGCAUAAUGCUUUUCUUCGCGGUGAUCUUGAUGAAGAAGUAUAUAUGAAGCUUUCGUUGGGCUUUCGUCAUAAAGAUCCAAACAAAGUGUGUCGCUUACACAAGUCGUUGUAUGGACUUAAACAAGCACCUCGUUGUUGGUUUGCUAAACUCACUACAGCUUUGAAAGAGGUUGGUUUUGUUCAGUCUUACUCCGACUACUCUUUAUUUAUCUACUCGAAGAAUAGUGUUGAGAUUCGAGUUCUUAUUUACGUGGAUGAUUUGUUGAUUUGUGGAAAUAAGUCGGCUGCUUUAUCUAAGUUCAAGGAGUAUUUGGGAGAGUGUUUUCGUAUGAAGGAUCUUGGUAGGAUGAAAUAUUUUUUGGGCCUUGAAGUUGCUCGCAGUAACGAAGGGAUAUUUUUAUCUCAACGAAAGUAUACAUUGGAUAUUGUUGCUGAGACGGGUCUUCUUGGUUCUAAACCGGUGUGCUUUCCUAUGGAGGAGAAACACAAUUUGGCAAGGGAUACAAGUCCGUUCUUGGCUGAUCCUUUACCAUAUCGACGACUUGUUGGUCGCCUCAUUUAUCUCCUCCUUACUCGACCAGAUCUAUCCUAUUCGGUGCAUAUUCUUUCACAGUUCAUGCAUACUCCACGGGAAGCUCACUGGGAGGCAGCGUUACAUGUUGUUCGGUUUCUCAAAUACACCGCCGGCCAAGGGAUUCUUUAUAGUUCUAAACCGGACUUGACACCCACGGCUUAUUGUGAUUCUGAUUAUGCGGGCUGUCCUAUGACGAGACGGUCAUUAAGUGCUUAUGUAAUGUUUCUUGGAGGCUCACCCAUCUCAUGGAAAACACGAAAACAAGGGAUUGUUUCUCGCUCAUCCGCUGAAGCCGAAUAUCGCUCGAUGCGUCUGGCUCUAGAUGAAGUAUUAUCGCUUCGACAACUUCUUAAGGAACUUGGUUUUCCAUUUACUGCACCGGUGCGACUGUUUUGUGAUAGUGAAGCCGCCAUCCACAUUGCAGCGAAUCCUGUGUUCCAUGAACGGACAAAACACGUAGAAGCUGAUUGUCAUGCCGUUCGUGAUGUUGUUCUUGAUGGAACUAUAGCUACUAUACAUGUUGGGACUACCGACCAGCUUGCAGAUUUGCUCACCAAACCACUUGGUCGUCCGCAGUUUGAGAGUUUAGUGUCCAAGUUGAGCAUUGUCAAUUUGCAUGCUCCAACUUGA